AUGGGUUGUUCCUCAAUCAUGAUGAUGAUGCUCACUUGCUUCCUCAUCUUUGUCUCAACCGUUUCCUCAUCAGCCCCACUCACCGUGGGCUUCUACAAACGCUCUUGCCCACCCGCCGAAGCCAUCGUCCAGAAACACGUCAACAAGUUCGCCUCCCGCAACCCCGGCCUCGCAGCCGGCCUCAUCCGCCUCCAUUUCCACGACUGCUUCGUCAGGGGAUGCGACGCAUCAGUGUUGUUGGACGGGCCCGCCUCUGAGAAGGAGAGCAUCCCAAACAAGGGAAGUCUCCGAGGCUUUGAGGUGAUCGACGCCGCGAAAGCCGAGCUCGAGCGCCGCUGCCCUAGCACCGUCUCCUGCGAGGACGCCCUCGCCUUCGCCGCCCGCGACAGCGCCGCCAAGCUAGGCAACAUCCGCUACCCGGUCCCCUUGGGCCGCCGCGACGGCCGCGUCUCCUCCGUGACCGAGCCCCUCCUCAGCCUCCUGGCCCCCUUCUUCAACGCCACCUCCCUCCGCGACAACUUCGCCGCGAAAGGCCUCUCCCUCGACGAGAUGGUCACCCUCUCCGGCGCCCACUCCGUCGGAAUCUCCCACUGCAGCUCCAUUACCAGCCGCCUCUACCCGGCCACCGACCCCUUGCUCGACCCCAAAUUCGCCGCUCUUUUGAAGAAGAAGUGCCCGCCGCCGCCCCCACAAAAAAACAACACGCCAAGCUCCACGGUCGAUCUCGAUUCGAUCACGCCAUAUUGUUUGGACAACAAGUUCUACGUGGGAUUGAGGGCGAAUAGGGGGGUUUUGGCGACGGAUCAGGUGCUGCAGAGCAGCCCGUUGAUGGCGAAGCUGGUGGCGGAGAAUGCGAGGAAUAAUGGUUUGUGGGGGAAGAAGUUUGCGGCGGCGAUGGUGAAGAUGGGAGGGAUUGAGGUUCUCACGGGGAAGAAGGGUGAGAUCAGGAAGAAAUGCCGUUUUGUCAACUGA